AUGGAGAAAUACAAGUGUCCUUCCGAGACAAGCAGCGAGGCUUCAGAGCACCCCAUUAGUCCGGUUGACACGCCUGUAGCCCUCUCAAGAAGCAAAGCGCAACCGCAUCUUCUUCGAACGGUGUUGGCCACGGGCACUCCAUGCAUAAACCAGCAGACACCGCAGUCCGCGAGGACACUCCGCAUCGAGUCGCCCUGGGACACUAAGUCCAAGCUGCCGCAAGCCGAAGACCAUCCGUGGUGGUAUCCCGAGAUCUGGGGCCCAGCUAAAGACCUCCCUACGGAGUUGGCCAGCUUCCUUCGCCACCUCCCGCCCGCAGACGUCUUCCAUAACCACCGCAUCUAUAUCUUGUACGAUGAAUUUGAGAAGCCCAUAGAGAAGUAUGUAACGGUCUUGAUUGUCAUGCCGAGUGGGACGGGGGCGAGGGUCGUUUCAGGCGAGUUGUAUGACGAGGGCGCGCGGUUGGUCACGCGUCGCCAUCUCGAACGAACGCGGUACGAGGAGCUCUCGAGGGAGGAGAGGAAGAAGAUGGCCAGGGGCGAACAGUGCUGCAUCUUCUACCCUUGCAGGGUUGCGUGUUGUCCAUUGCUGCACAAUGAGGGACAGCAUCAACCCAUGGCGCCGGAGGAACUGGCGGACAAGAACCCGGCGUCCUAUGUCGUCGUCUCCGGGGAGGCGGUACGACAGUUCACGCUCGCCUCCAAGACAGAGGUCUUCUGUUGCGUCCACAGAGCGAACGAGACUAAUGCCGUUGAAUCUGACGAUGGAGAAAGAGGUGAGAGUCGCAUCUGA